CUAGCGUCUUGUAAGGCACUAGUCUGGGCGAAGUGUGAGCGCGCUCCGUAAAGCACAGCUGCUGUUGCAACCUGCAAGCUGUACAGCGCUCAGCAAUUCGCACAAAUACGUAUCACCAGGACUAAGUGAAAAACGCUGUCGCUGCAGCCCUCGUAGAGCUUGAGCGCUGCACUGCACACGACUGCACUGCAAAAACGCCAUCGCAGCGAUGCCCCUCGGCGGCAAGGCCCUCAAACGGCGAGAACAGGCGAAAGACGCCAAGAACGGAGUUGUGCGCGACGAGCUCGCGCUACGGAAGGCCGCAAACGCGAAGGCCGACGUCCACUGCACGGUCUGUGCGGUAGCAUUUAAACUAACGAAAAGAAACGUGGACCAGCGGGCGCACGUCGAGAGCAAGCACCCCGGCAAGACGUUCGCGGAGUGCUUUCCCGAGUGCGUCGCCCAUGAAAAGGCGCUGGCCGAGGGCGGCGGCGCCGCCUCGAACAAAAAUCCCAACAAAGGAGGCGUCGGCAAGACCGGCGGGAAGAAGAAGAACAAGGAUGAAGAUUUGUCCGCGCUGCUGAGCGAGGGGCUGAGCGUUGGGGGCAAGAAAAAGGGUAAAAAAUGAAUUCACUACAA